AUGAAUCGCGUUUCUUCUCAUCUUGAGGGGCCUUCUGCAAGUGAUGGAGGCAGCAUUUAUGAGAAAGACAGCGAUGCUGGGAAGGAGAUAGAGGAUGCUUUGUCUGCACUCGCUAAGACUGCGGGGGUGUCAGAGGAAGCGCUUUCUUUGCUGCGACAGGCUGUUCAAACUUCAAACAUCCAGCACUCCGUCCCGUCAGAUCGCGCAGCGAGCAACAUGAGCACAGAGAUUGGCGGUUCUCGCCGUCCCUUUAAACCUGCCAGCUCCAAGCGACAACAAUUAACUGCAGAAGAAGCUGUGGAGAUUUAUAAACUGAGGCCGAUAGCCUGCAAAGGCGGAAAUUUGCGACGAGGAAGCAUGCUUCACUGCAAGGCCGUAGCUCCGAGGUACGGAGUUACACCUAAGACUAUCAGAGACGUGUGGAGCGGUAGGAGCUGGGCUGAAGCUACGAGACAUCUUUGGACGGAGGAUGAAGUCAUGCGGCGAACAGCUGGAGGGUCGGACGAAGACGCGGAGGGACCCAGUAAGAAAUCGGAAGCAGCAGCAAGAAGCGACGCCGCUGUUCACAGCCCCCGAAGACUCGAAGGAUCUCAAGACAUGCAACUUCCCGUCUUGCAACCGAGUGUAAUCACGCCUUGUGAUGCAAGAGGAACCCUUUUGGCGAAUCCUCUUCUCCUCAGUCUGGCGCUGUACAAGGCCAACUGUACAGGUCAGGCCAUGCCUGCGACGCUCUUUCAACAGCAGUCACUCCAGUCUCUGCUCCCGCUCCAAAUGAGUCUCAACGCGUCUCUGCCGUCGUCCAGCAGCCCUCUUGCCUUAUCCUACUCCCUCGGCCUCCUUGCAUCGCGAGCUCCCUUCAAUUGA